AAGUUCUCCCGGAAGGCAUCUUCAUCGUAUUCCUUGAAGUUGGAGCCUGUGAGAGGUGGCGGGGGUAAGACCAAGGGCCGCAGGAAGCCUGUCUCAACCCCAGCAUCCCCCAGCCGCACCAGAGAACCUCAGUGCACCUGCAUGACAGCCGAGCAGUAUGCGAGACUGCGUGCACAGGACCCUAGAUAUAGAGAAGACAGUGGACAAGUUGAAAAAAGCUUUUUAUGCAAGUGCAAACAUAACUCAUGUGAGAUCAUAAACUCGGAAAUGUUUGAAAAUGGCACUAUAUCAGAAAAUGACAUUAUAGAAAAUGGGUACCAGCAAGUGCACCACAACGCCAUCUCUCGGACAGCCUCCGACUCACCGCCAGAAGUUUAUGAUAAUCUCCAGUUUGAAAAAAGUGCUUCGACUUUGCCGCGUACGCAGGGAGGCCGCGGGGUGGUUGAGGGCCCUGCCAGCCGCACAGCCAACCAUGGUGCAGCACAUACCACAGCCACCAGUACCAACACCACUCAAGCGGCCAUGUGUGAUACUAUGGCCUCACGCCGUGGAGGUGAUGGGUAUGCCACUAUGAAGCUUGGUGGCAACCGUGAUCCACGCCAGCCACCCUCACAUCAUGCCUCACAUGCCUCCUUACACCAUAAAAGUGGCACAGGAGUUGGAACACUCACUCGAAAAGAAGAAGCAUCUGCUGCAGCUGCUGCUGCUGCUGCUGCUGCUGUUUCUGCUGCCAAUGAACGAAGUGGUGAAACACCGACAUCAGGCAACCGCGACAACCGCAGUCUACGUGGCAGCCGAAGGGAACUCUCCUCCAAGAGUGUCGACUACUCAGAGAUGGACACAGUGCGAGAGACGGAUACUCUGCGGCGACGUGCCCGUAGCAAGAGCACCGACGACGUGACUAAAGGUAAUUCCGACUUUGAAAACAAUGAGGCAGCACCAAGUUCACCCACCAGUCAGCUGUUACAAGAAUACGAAAUGCACCUGCGUAAUACUCUGGCGAAAGGCAUGGAUGCGGAGAGCUACAGCCUUCACACCUUCGAGGCACUUCUCACACAGAGCAUGGAAAACCUGGACAAAAUGGGGGGACCCUACACAAGCCCCGGGCUUCCUGUCCCCAGCGAGGCCACUAGAGACGGUGGCCAACAGGUAAAUACAGAGUCCAUCAUUGAAGACUCGGGAUCAAGGCCAUCUUCAGGUGGCCCACCUCAUCCAGUUGUGGCAGCUCCUAGAGACUCAGCUUCCAAAGUCUUUGAUCAAAGACGACGUGUGAAGCUAUUAUUGGAGAUAAAUCGCAUUCACAAGAAAUAUCAAGCGUGUCGCACGUCGCCAAAUGUUGCAUGUGAUGCAACUUCAACUCCUGUCUCGGAUCUUGGAGUAAAAAAAUCUGACAGCUUAGGGAAUCUCAACAAUAAGUAUGGAACACUCCCAGCAAGCACAAGAGGUUCAGAGCGGUCUCUUCCUGCCGCAACACUCCGUGAUGAACGUGAUCACAGCGGCUACUUUAGUGAUCGUAAUGACAGCUAUGGGAGUCGACGGGAUCUUUAUGAUCGUGGCUACAUGAGUGAUCAUGAGCGUAGGUUCUACGACCGUCAAGACAGUAUCCGCUCGGGCUAUGUGAGUGACCGGGAGAGAGGCUACACCAGUGAUAGGGACUCUCGCGGUUACAUGAGUGAUCGGGAACGCUCGGGCUACAUGAGUGAUGGAGAGCGUGGCUACAUGAGCGAUCGGGAAAGAGGCUACAUGAGCGAUCGGGAAAGAGGUUACGUGAGCGAUCGGGAAAGAGGUGGCUACACAAGCACUCGUGAGUUAGGCUACAUGAGCGAUCGAGAGAGAGGCUACAUGAGUGACCGUGAAAGAGGCUACAUGAGCGAUCGAGAACGCGGCUAUAUGAAUAACCGUGAAAGAGGUUAUAUGAGUGACCGGGACACUAGAGGAUACACUAGUGACCGUGAACGAGGCUAUGCCAGUGAUCGAGGUGGUUAUGGAAGUGACCGCGAACGAGGUUACUCCAGCGAUCGGGAACACAGCACAUUGGUUGCCCAGGCGUCUAUGGAGAGUGCCGAUUCCCGCCUCUGCUACCUCACGUCAUCAGAGAUGUCCGAUGAUGACCGGAUGUCCCUGACGACGGCGGUGAGUGAAGACGAGGACGGAGAGAGUGUCCACAACUCACCUUACAAGGCACCACGGGCUGGCACCACCGCCGCCUCCUUCAACUGUACGGGUGCCGUCAGGAAGGCUGGGUUCCUCAGCGUCAAGAAGUGGCUGUUGCGGAAGAAACACCAGAUCGAGCUGGCGAGGAAGCGCGGCUGGAAGGGCUACUGGGUGUGUCUGAAGGGCACUACGCUGCUCUUCUACCCCUGCGACUCCCGCGAGGGCCGCUCCGUCGAGGCUGCCCCCAAGCACUUGAUCAUCGUCGACGGCGCCAUCAUGCAGCCCAUCCCCGAGCACCCGAAGAGGGACUACAUCUUCUGCUUGUCCACGGCCUUCGGAGACGCCUAUCUCUUCCAGGCGCCAUGCCAGGUGGAGCUGGAGAACUGGGUGAACAGCAUCCACAGCGCCUGCGCCGCCGCUUUCGCGCGCCAUCGGGGCAAGACCGGUACUCUUCACCUCCUUCAAGAAGAGAUCUUCAGAAUCGACAGAGCCAUCGAAUCGGACUCGAAGCUGAAGCACAUGGCAGAGCUGCAGCUGUCAGUAGUGUCAGAUGGGGAGAGCAAACAGCAGAUCAUGGGUCAGAUCAUGCAGUGGGAGGAGAACUUGGAGCGGCUACACUGUGAACAGUUCCGCCUCAGAUGUUACAUGGCCUCACUGCAGACUGGCGAACUACCCAAUCCAAAGGGUCUACUGACGCAUGUGUCACGCACUACCAAAACAGUUCUCAAUCGCCUUGGGGUAUUUACUGUCAGCAGCUUCCAUGCAUACAUUUGUGCCCGAAGUCCUUCCCUGCUCAAUAACCUCCUCGCAGGUAGAGGAGCAACCAAACGCAGGGCACCAAUGCUAUCCCGCAGCAAUAGUGUCUCGUCCCGGCGGUCGCUGCAGAUGCAACAGCAGCUCGAGGGGGAGAAGCAGUACAAGGUUAACCUUCCAGACAAUCAGAUAGUGAGCAUUAGCUUAAAAGACUCCAUGAGUGUGGAAGAGUUCUUGGUAGCAGCAUGUGGACGUAAGAACCUCAACCCUAUGGAACACUUCGUUCGCGUCAAAAAGCGACGAGAGCUGGAGGAGACUAACUACUUCGUCCCACAUCGAACUGACCUCAUAGAAAACUAUUUGGCAACCCAUGAGGUAGUGGAAAUCUGUGGAAAGAUUUUAUACCAGGUGGAGUUGUCACGCUCGUCAUUAGACCACAUGUGGGGCUUCAGUGUUGAGGCAGAACUCAUUGAGAAUUCUGAGCGACAAGAUGAGCUUUGUUGCUACAUCUCGAGAGUGGAAGAUCGCUCGACAGCAAUGCAAAACGGAAUCAUCAAAGGAGACGAGAUCAUGGUGAUUAAUGGGGCCAUCGUCAGUGAUCUAGACAUGAUGUAUAUUGAGAGUGUUCUACAGGAGGAGCUUGCUCUUUGUCUCAUGAUGAGAUCAUCAAGGACCGAACCGCCAGAUCUGGCUUCUCUCAUGAAGACGACAGAUGAGAUCAUUGAGUCUCUUGUGUGCCCCCCGCCACCCAGUGAGAUGUCUCUGAAUGAAGAGAUGAUAUCAAGGAUGAUUGUUCCAGCGCCGUCUUGGAGCAAGUCUAUCGUUUCUGGCAAGGAGCCGGCAAGUCCAGAUGGGUUUCCCCCACCUCCCUCCGACACCUCAGAGCGAUCUAAUGUUUCGUCACUGGAAAUUGAGAAUUACCUCAAGGGUUCUGUACCACAGUGGUCUACGUCCUCGGCUCACGAUCGAGGAACCCAGGCUCAAUCCCCAAGCAGCACAGAGAAGAGCUCGGACUUGAGUGGGUGCUGCCGGUCGCCGGUGGAGCGUCGGGCCAGCCCCACGGGCUCCAUCGCCUCCACCCAGAGCCAGUCCCAACUUACACCCUCCCGCCAACUCACCGACGGAGAGAGACUCAAGAAGGUCAUCCUCGAACUGGUCGAUACCGAGAAGACGUACGUCAAGCACUUGAACAACUUACUGGAGAACUACCUGGAGCCGCUGAAGAGCGCGUCGUUCCUGAGUUCGGCGGAGGUGAACGCGCUCUUCGGCAACAUCCGGGAGAUCGUAGCCUUCCAGCGGCUGUUCUUACAGGCGCUGCAAGAGGCCCUCGACAUGGAGCCAGGCUUCCCCACCUUCGACCAGCCAUACGAGUUUAAGAACGUAUUGUUCUCCAUCGGAAGCGCGUUCCUAUACUACGCCAGCCAGUUUAAGCUCUAUAGUUCCUUCUGCGCCUCACAUUCGAAAGCUCAAAAAGUUCUACAUCCGAGUGAAGGUAACCAGGAGCUGAAAGAGUUCCUCUCAUCGCGUAACCCUCGCCAGCAACAUUCGGCGACGCUCGAGUCCUAUUUGAUCAAGCCCAUCCAACGCAUUCUCAAGUACCCGUUGCUCCUCCAGCAGCUGAAGGCCCUCACCACGCCGGGCUCCGACGAGCACAGACAUCUUGUGGAGGCCCUCAAAGUAAUGGAGAAGGUAGCAGAACAUAUCAACGAAAUGCAACGGAUCCAUGAGGAAUACGGUGCAAUAUUUGACCAUUUAUUCCGUCAACAUCAAAAGUCUUGCAAACAAGAACCUAGGAUCUCACGUGAUCCGCACCUCCCACAGCCAGUCGACCUAUCUCCAGGGGAUCUUCUCUACUACGGAGGAGUCGAGUGGCUCAAUAUCUCGGACUUCUUAGGAAAAAUAAAGAAAGGAUUGGAACUUCAUGCCAUGUGUUUCGUCUUUAAAACGGCUGUUGUCUUCCUUUGCAAGGAGAGAUUAAGACAAAAGAAAAAGCUGAUGGUUAGUGGUGUUGGAGCACAAGGGAAGAAUAGCUCAUCUGAAGUAGAAAUAAUUAGGUACCAAGUGUUAAUUCCUGUGACAGAGGUUCAGGUCCGUGCCUCCUCGAUGAAGGAUAUGGACUCUCAUUUCCUCUGGGAACUAAUUCAUCUUAAAAGCCAACUUCAACGUCGGUCCGAAAAGGUCUAUCAUCUAUCAAAUAGCACAUCUGAGUUCCGUAAUGCGUUUCUGAAAACCAUCCGACAAAUCAUACGUGAAUCUGUAAGAAAUAUGAACAUUCCUGCUAACAAGCCGUCAUCGUCAUCCUCCAGCAUCUCCAGCAAGGGAAACACCAACACUUUACAACCCUCCCGCUCAGCACCUAAGAAAAAAACCUCUACAGUUCAGUCGGCCACACUACAACGACACUCAGCAGGUAACAUAGAUUAUGACAACUUGGAGAGCUACGACAAUGUGCCCGAGACGCAGGUUGGGCAUGACCAAAACAACUUCCGAACACGCAGCAAGACCGUGUCGGACGGCAUGGACGAACUCAGUGACUCCACCACCAAGAGCGAUGGCGGAAAGGACGAAGUGGGAACGCGAUCGGAGGGUGAGGAGGAGGUCAUAGACAAGAAAAAGGCGACCCUUGGCCGGACCCCCAACCACCUCUCGCUGUCCACCACCUCGACGCUCUCUACAGGCUCCACUGGCUCCAUGGCCAAACUAAUCCAGGCCUCCAACCAGCCAGCCCAGUAUCAGCCGACCAGGAGUGUUGGUUCACCUGUGUGGAAGCCUCGUGAUGUCUUCGCCUCAGCUGGUGGCAGCUCUGGUGGGGGAGGUGCUGGCCAGCGAGGAGAGUCAUUAACACUUCCUCGUCCAGGAAAAACCAGCGGCCGAGAGGACCACUUCCUGGUGUACGAGGAGUAUGGUGGCAACAUCUACAUGAGUAGCAAAAAGGACACAGAAAAUGCCAUAAUGGAGACUGCAAGCAGGUCACCCUCAUCUGACAACACAACAAGAGUGGUCAUCCCAUCCAUAAGCAAUGGUGGCCUCAAACACUGCCCCACUACGAACUAUCAGUUCCCUGCUCCACAUCUUAAUGUUUACAAAAAUGGCCAUCUGAGAGGAGCUCUUCAAAAUGCUUACUACGCUGCCCUCAGACCUGCCUCUGUCAAUGGCAGCCCCACCCAAAUGACUCCAACACGAGUAGUGCCCUGCAGUGGACGCCGUGAUGCUUACGUGAGAGGAGUGAAAAGUUCCCCAUGGCCUGGGUUUCCUUACACCGAGAACAAAGCCAGUCAGACGGGAGAAGACAUGGAUAAUGUCCUAGGUGCAGGCAUGACCAUAGACAGUCUCCUUCAGCAGUUACGGGCUCUCUCCUAAACAUUUAUGAUGUUUCUGGCCACAUCGCCAAAGAAUAACAUGGAACCGAUUCUUCGCACAAAAUUUAGUUCUCAGUGUAAUGGCCCAACCUGCUCACUCCACCUCCUGGUCUCCCAACGCACUGGUGGUUUACCGUCACAUGCCAAAGAUGUCUUUCCUGAAAAUUGUGUUUUUGACUUAUUCUAUAUUAAGUCCACAGCCUACCAGGAAACUAAAAUGCUCUAUUUGAAGACAACCACAAGAGAAACUGAGGACUUGACAAGCAGAGAAAAGCUCAAGAGCUUCUUUGUGUUCGUGAGAAAGAUCUGAAGCUAUGCAAUAAGAGUCUACACCCAACUGAUCCAUCAUGCUCAUUACACAGAUUUCUAUGAAGUUUGUGACAGUUUCUCUGCUGAAGUGCAAUGGGUAUGAGAAGAAACUAGUACACUGCAUUACUAACAUGCAGGUGAGAAAAGUUAGUGGGUAUGGCUGGACAUUUGUACAGUACUGUAUAUAGAACUAAACGAGAUACCCCACACAACUGAAGAAAUGUCCUACUACAGCCUUGCUUUUACUCUUAUGCCAUUAUAACAUUUGGGCAUUUUUUAUGCAGGAAACAUUAGAGGCUUAAAGAGAGCCAUCUAGCUUCAGGUGACAUCAAGUGUGCUACUACUACACAUCACCACAAUGUUUACAACUAAUGCAGUGCAUUUUUGCUUCUGCUAUUUUACACAAUUUUCUACAUUACUAAAGUAUAUAUUAUUUAUACUUAAAAAUUAAUAAUUUUAUUAUCCCAUUUCACAGUUUUUCAUUAAAGAGAUUAUGAUGCAAGUUACACAGAAGAGACACGAAAUAAAAUUUUUGAAGCA